GUCUGCAACAACACAGAGACCGUCGAGAUGGAGGGCGAGGACCACAGGAACGAGGCCCUCUGCAUCUACCGGCACGACGUGCUUUUCGUCGCCAAGGAAGCCAUCAUUGUCCAGCCAGACGUCAUUUAUGACCCGACUCUGCCGCGCAUUUACGACUACAAGUGCCACGUGUGCUCUCACAACGAGGCUGUCUUCUACCGGCUAGACGAGACCAUCGUCGCAGACGCGAUGGCCAUCAUCUUCGUCUGCUGCAACUGCUCGCACUGGCGGACGGAGGGCAAGGACGUGCAGUACUCGCAGCCCGAGGACCCGGCGCGGAGCAGCGGGCCGUCUCGCUGGGAGCCCGCGCGUGGGGCGCGCCCCCACCCCUGGCCCGCCACCGAUCGUGAGGGCAUCCUGUCGCCUCACCGCCUGCGGCGCACACGGGGCAGCGGGGUGUGCGGAGGGGGGGGAGGGAGGAGGGAGGAGGGAGGAGGGAGGGGCAGGGGGAGAAGGACCAGAGGGAGGACGAUAAGAGCAGGGGGAGGAAGAGAGGGAGAGGAGGUGGAGGAGGAGGAGGAGGAGGAGGAGGAGGAGGAGGAGGAGAAGGGGGGAUUCAGCCCUCCUCUUCCCCCAUCCUCCCGACGCGGGCGCCCCAGAGAUGUCGACCGUUCCCCGGGGCCCGCCGUCCUGGAUCGUGUGUUUCUGACUGCGCCGAGGGCCGUACAUGAAGACCACAUUGAGGUACGAUCGAAAUUGGCACGGAAAGAACGGUCGAAAACCAACAGUCGUUUUUUUUUUUUUUACAAUUUCGAAAACCAGGGCUCGUUGUCGGGUUGGGUCGCCGACGACGUCCGUUUGGAACAGCAGAGUCGCCCGCCUAACGGCGGCCGCUGCCAGCUUUUCCCCAAUCAGAGCUUGCCACUGUAG